AUGAUUGAGUUUGCUAAAGAGGUUAUUGUACCAACAUCUUUUAAUCCUAAUCCAAAUAUUCUGGGGCAUCAUAAGAGAUUACGAAAAGUUUUUAAGGGAGCGAUUGGUGCACUUGAUGGUACUUUGAUACAUGCUAUUGUCCCUGUUGAGAAACAACAUUUAUACAGAGGAAGAGGAAAAGGCGAUUGCUAUCAAAAUGUUUUGGCCAUAUGUGACUUCAACAUGAUGUUUACGUUUCUCGUGGCCGGAUGGGAAGGAGUGGCACAUGAUUCUAGAAUAUUGUCCGAAUCUUUAACAAAUGCAAAUGCACCAUUUCCAUUUCCUCCUCCGGAUAAAUAUUAUCUAUGUGAUGCUGCUUAUGCACACACUCGAGGCUUUAUGGCACCAUAUAGAAAUGUGAGGUAUUGGCUUGGAGAUUUCCGUCGAAAUCGUGCAUUAAACGACAAGGAAAAAUUCAAUCACGCACAUGCAAAGCUUAGAAAUGUUAUUGAACGUGCGUAUGGUGUAUUAAAAGCACGUUUUCCAAUAUUAAAGAAAAUGGCUCCCUUUUCGUUGGUUACGCAACGAAAUAUUACCGUUGCAUGUUUUGCGCUUCAUAAUUUUAUACGGAAAGAGGGUUUAAGCGAUGACCUUUUUGAUGAAUAUGAUCACCCAAAUGUACACCUUCAAGAUGGAGAUGAACAUGUACAAGAUGGUGGUGAAAAUAGGGAAGAAGUACCACGACAUGGAAGUUCGGCGGACCGUGAAUUUAUGAGUCAACUUCGAGAUCAAAUAGCACAAGAACUAAUGCAAAACAAUGUACUUUGAGUUUAUUUUACUAUUUUUAGGUUAUUGAUACUUGGUGCUAUUAUGGUUUUUUUAUGUAACUUGAAUGUUAAAUGACUUUUAUUAACUAUGAUAAGUAUGAUAGUUAAA